UUUUUUCCCCCCUGGAUGAUCCAGAUUGGACGACUGAUAAUCGGACAGAAUGGCAUCUUGUCGACACCUGCAGUUUCCUGCAUUAUCAGAAAGAUCAAGGCAGCUGGUGGAAUCAUCCUAACAGCCAGCCACUGCCCUGGAGGACCAGGGGGAGAGUUCGGAGUGAAGUUUAAUGUUGCCAAUGGAGGUCCUGCGCCAGAUGUCGUCUCUGACAAAAUUUAUCAAAUCAGCAAAACCAUUGAGGAAUAUGCCAUAUGUCCUGAUCUUCGAAUUGACCUAUCUCGACUAGGAAGACAAGAAUUUGACCUGGAGAACAAAUUCAAACCAUUUAGAGUGGAGAUAGUGGAUCCAGUGGAUAUCUAUCUCAACCUCCUUCGGAACAUUUUUGACUUUAAUGCCAUCAAGAGUUUGCUGACUGGGCCCAGCCAACUGAAGAUCCGAGUUGAUGCAAUGCAUGGAGUUAUGGGACCCUAUGUGAGAAAAGUUUUGUGUGAUGAACUGGGUGCCCCAGCUAAUUCUGCAAUAAACUGUGUUCCCUUGGAAGACUUUGGAGGACAGCAUCCUGACCCAAACCUGACAUAUGCAACGACCCUUCUGGAAGCUAUGAAAGGAGGGGAAUAUGGGUUUGGAGCUGCAUUUGAUGCUGAUGGGGACCGUUAUAUGAUCUUAGGCCAAAAUGGCUUCUUUGUGAGCCCUUCCGACUCCCUGGCCAUUAUUGCCGCCAACCUCCCUUGCAUUCCAUAUUUCCGCCAGAUGGGGGUCCGAGGGUUUGGGAGGAGUAUGCCUACCAGCACGGCCCUGGACAGGUAAGCAAGCCUGUCUCAUGAAAACCUUUGUGGAAAAUCUCUGAUGUUGAUAGCCCCUUUGUCAGUAGCUGUCACUCAGUUCUUCCUGCUGUAUUGGAGCUUGUGGAAAGCCUGGGACAUUAGGAUAUGGUGUAUAUUCUAGGAGGAGCAUCUUGGUUCUGUCAUUAUUAGCUAUGGAAUUUGGGAGGCAUAUUUUAUUCCUAUGCCUCAAUUGUCUAAUAUUAGUAUUAUGAGGCCAAUAUUAGUAUCGCUGUUUCAUGGAUUGUUCUGCGAUAUGACCAUAGUGGAUCACACAAAAAAUUUG